AUGAUGGAGGAAAUAUUCAUCCACAGGGUACUCACUAUGUUUCCAAAUGCAACAGCUCGUAAAUUACUGGUGAUGCUGAUAUUUAUCUUAGUUUUCUGGGCCAUUUACUUGUCUUUAAAAGAAAUAAAGCUCCCAGAACUAUUGAACCAGAAGCUGUGGGAGGAAGCCAAGCAAUCGGAGUGGCAGCAGCACUCACACAACUCUGAUGCGUGCACAGGUGGAGAAGCGCGGGGAAAAUGCAAUGAAAGCCCAAACUACUACAGGUGGUCCAACAUAGGAGUUGAAUUGCUGAAAGACUUUACCUCCAGCAAGGUCUUACAAUGCAACAAGAGUUAGAACUUAGAAAAGAAAUGCCAGGUUGGAAUGAAGAUACCUUUCCAGGGGUUAUACUGUGGAAAAGAGGUCACAUCAUUUUGCAACAGAUGGACCUUCAAAUAUUUUGACCACCGUGGAACCGGGGUCUUUAACCACAUGCUUCUGGAUGCUGAAAGACAUUUGAUUCAGUGGGGAAAGCAUGGUCAUCCAUUUAUUACCACGAAUCUGUUCUCUGUGAAAGAUGAACACUAUAUCCCACGGGAAAUUGACCAGGUAGCAGGAGACAGAGAACAGCACUACAGACCCUUUCCCAUCAGCAUUUUCAUCAGAAGGGCCAUCAAUUUGCAAAAGGCCAUUGAGUGUCUGCUCUUGCGCAGCCCGGAGACCAAGGUGAUCCUUAAACAGCAAACCACUGCUUAAACAGUAAACACCAGGGAGCUGUGUCUGCAUGCAGAGAUGUUUGGUGAUGUUCAUGGCUUUAGUCAGAAUCUUAUCAUGAGGGACAUUUAUGUGGAUCUCAGUAUGGGUAUUAAUGAUGCCUAGGACAUGACUAUUGCAUAUGGCACUAACCAUGCCCAUUCACUUGAUUAUGUGAUUGGAAAUCAGAUGAACAUGUUUUUAAAUUAUAUUUGUUAG